CCCAAACCCUAAAAAUACCAAGUCAAACCAAAUCCAAAACAAACCCCCACUUCUCUAAUGUAAAAAAAAAUCCUUCCUUUAUUUAUUCUUCUUCUUCUUCUUCCCAAUGGCUUCUGCUUGUGUUAACAACCUCACCGUCGUCUCACCGGAGACCAAUUUCCAUCCCACGCCACCUUACUCUCCCUACGUUUCGCCGCCUGAGAUUCAAGACACGGCUGCAGGUGGUGAUUUUGAGUUCAGACUCGAAGAAGAUCCCGUCACUAUGCUACCAGCUGAUGAACUUUUCUCAGACGGUAAGCUCGUACCUUUACAUUUCUCAGCUCCCAAACACCCUCCUCCGGCCAAUGUUUCCUCCCUUGAAACACCCAAAUCUCGCCGUCGAACGGAACCGGAAGUUUCCGGCAAAGCUCCUAAAGGUUCAAGCAAGUGGAGAGAAAUUCUGGGUCUUAGAAAAUCAACCCAACAAAACAACACUAAUCAAAACCCCAAAUCUCUUAAACAAUUCCUUAAAAAAUCAUCUUCAUCAACAGCCGAGUCAUCACUGAGUCUACCAUUGUUGAAGGACAACUCGGAUAAUCAUGACUCAGUCCCAAGACUAUCCCUUUCUUCUUCAUCCUCCACCCAUGAAGAUCUCCCAAGGUUAUCACUUGAUUCUGAUAACAACAACAAACCAAGUUUCAGUCCUAACCCUUUUGCUCCUUCUAGAAUAAGAAUGGUUAAACCCAAACCAAACUCUGGGUCCGACACCAUCAACAACAACCAAACACCAGUUGUUACUUCCGCCGGCGGGAACAGAACCAGUGACAGUCCGAGAAUGAACUCAUCUGGGAAAAUCAUGUUUCAAAGCUUAGAAAGGAGUUCAAGUAGUCCAAGUACCUUUAAUGGUGGUCGUCCAAAGCUUAAACAAAGAGGGAUUGAGAGAUCAUAUUCAGCUAACGUUAGGGUGAGUCCAGUUCUUAAUGUUUUUGGGUUCUUUUCAUCUUCUUCACCACAAAAGAACACAAAUGGUGGAAGAAACAAAACUAAAUGACUGGUCUGGUAAUAAUAACUUAAGCUUUUUCCCUCUAAGCAUUAAUUAAUGGCAGUAGUAAGUAACCUUUUUAACAUUUUCAUGUGAAGAAUUUGUAGAAUUCUAGAUGUAUAUAUGCAUUUUUUUUAAUGUUUAUGAAUGUUGUUUUUUUAAUGAA